CCUUAUUCUAAAAAAAGAUCCAGGAAGUAGCGUAACAAACGAGAUGUGUGUGAAGUAUACGCUAUAUGGUGUGAACUCGUCUCAUGACGUUGACGGAAUACUCAAAUGCAAAUUACUUUAACAUAAUUGUUUAACAUAAAGGACAUGUACGAUAUCGUCGCCUUUCAUGCUCAGCUAGCCUCCAUCAUUGAGGUUUUGGCAAAUGCAGCCGUUGCCGAAAUCUGCAAACUUGUAGAUGACGGCGAUGCUGCCUUACGUUUGGAAAUUUCCCAUAGUCAGAAAGAAAUCGAUAACCUGCGGAGGAAGCUGCUUUUGACAAAAUUCCAGAAUUCUCGACGAAGCACAGAAAGAGUUGGACCCCUGCGACGCACAGUUCACAGGCGCGUUGAUAGCAGUCAUAUUGUUCGGGGAAGAGGGAGUUUCGUAGGAAAGUCAACAGGAUUCUCUUUUCUGGUGCAGUGGAAAAUCGUCUUGAGGACAGUGAUGGAGGCAACUUUAUGCAGGAUGUCACCAACUGGAGAGACGCAGGACUCACAGGGACAGACCAGGAUGGGGGCAUGCAGGUCAGUUGACAUAGACUCGACGGCAGAUAUGCAAGAGGCACCUCUUAUCAAAAUGGAGAACUUUCACACCAGCAGAACAGAAGAGAUUGUCCAACCAGUCAGUGAGAGCAGUGAGAAGAUCAUUGUAGCAGAACCAGGUUCUUCAUCAUCUACUGAAACCAUAGGCCUUCUGGACCAGCAGGGCAACAGACACAGAGCUCCAGACACCUCACUCAAUAUAGAACCUGAAAACCAGACGUUCCAGCAUCCAGCGUCACAAUACAACAGAGCAAGACAGGACCAUCAGGUUGCUGAGGGUGUGACCUGGGAAACUGACCAUCAACCCAUAGAAUACAGCCUGUCCCAAUGGACAGAGAACCAAGAGACUGACAACCCAACUGUGAAUGCUCCUCACAAUGCAGGGCCAGACUCCAAGAGGUUGUCUGGACAUCCAGAGAGGAGAGGGGUGCCUGGUAACUCUGGGGUCUGCAUGUCUGCUUCAGGCUCUCUGGACUGGCUGCCUGAUGUGGUGAUGGUGGACUCAGUUCCCAUUAAAGUGGAGGCAGAUAUGAGUUCAGAAUGGAGCAUAACUGGCCAAGAGGUGACAUCUGGAGAGGUUUGUUCAGAAAGCAGGCAGCUUGUAGACAACAGAGGAAGAGGGAGAAUGGAGUCUGGACAGACAAAGUGUCCCCAUGACACUCAAAACACAGAGCAAGCGACAACUCUAGGAUCAAGGUCCAAGAUGUCGGAUUUCAAUGGACUGUCCACCCGAAACAGCUUUUCAUCCCCAAGGGUUACUCUCCACCAGGUUCCCCAAAGAGGGAAGCCAGCCCCCUUCCCGAAUUUCAGAGGCUCCACUUCUUCAUCGAAAGGCAUAGAAAAGCAGCAACAACAGCUGAUGUCUCACUCCACCCAGAGGCAGCUCCGGUGCAGCCUCUGCGGAAAGCUCUUCCACCAGCUGGCAAACCUGCGGAGUCACAUGCGGGUCCAUACGGGUGAGAAACCGUAUGGCUGCAGCCACUGCACCAAGCGCUUCUCCCACAGCCACCAGCUGAAGAUGCAUGAGAGGGUGCACACCGGAGAGAAACCGUUUCAAUGUGUCUACUGUGGGAAGUGCUUCACCCAGUCUGGCCACAUGAAGAAGCACCUCCUUGUCCACACUGGUGGCAGGCCACAGGACGUUGGGCUGCCCUGAGGGUAGUUUUUCUACACCACGUGACCAGACCAGGGAAAAACUGGUCUUCCCCCAUAGUUCCUCUUCCACCCUAGUUGUAAGGGGAAUGGCUCCACACUACUGGGGUUUUCAUAUGAACACUGGGUCCAUGUGUUUUUAACAGUUUGCAUAGAUACCCCAUUGAACGCUUCCUCUGUGUGUAGUGUUUUCAGUUCAGCUGGCUUGAUGCUUGGUCCAGAGUGAACUGAUAAUGUAUAUUAUUAAAGGUGAAGAUUUUAAACAUCACAUUUGAGUCAGUUAGCAGACACUCUUAUCCAUAGCAACUUACAAGUGCAAUAAGAGUUAAGUACAUUGCUCAAGGCACAUCAACAGAUUUUUCAGCUUGGUUGGCUUCGCAAUUCGAACCUGUGACUUUUCGGUUACUGACUCAAAGCUCUUCACUGCUAGGCUACCUACUGCUAGGCUACCUACUGCUAGGCUACCUACUGCUAGGCUACCUACUGCUAGGCUACCUACUGCUAGGCUACCUACUGCUAGGCUACCUACUGCUAGGCUACAUCCUUAUGAAUUUGUUACCAUCGUAUUCAUAUCAAACAGCAGUUACGAGUUCAGGAAGCACUGGACAGGUGCCUAGGUGAGCGAGGUCUGUUGGUGGUCGAGAGCUCGUUUUUGUUUUUACUUGGAUGAACAGAGCCGGAGAGGAGGAGGAAGGCGCAGGGUUCCCAGAUGCCAGCACACUCCUGGGUCUGGAAAAGGACCUGGCGACCCAGCAGUUGCAAGGAGAGAGAGUGCUGACUGGAAUGGUAAGCUGCCAAUGUUUGUGAUACAGGGUUUAAUAUGGUUGAAUUUGUAGAGAGUUCAGUAAAGCCGUAUUGAUCCCCCUCUACCCUUCCCAUCAUAUUCUGCCUAGGAAAACUAUUUUCUAUUUACAGUUGCAAUGAGAUUUUGAGUCCCAGAAUUAGAAUGAAUAGAAUUAGAACCCAUUCAAUUCAAUCAGAAUUCUCUCUGGUUUAUUCCUUUCCAUUCGGACUGUUUUGAGCAGGCUAGACAGGUUAGGAUGUGCACCAGCAUUGUAGACCCAAGCUACUCACUCACCUCUCAUUUAUUCCCAGAAUCCCCACAGUUAUCAUGGUCUGGAGAAACUUCAUCUCCUGGAGGUAAAUACAGCUCCUGUAGAUUUAUCUCGCAUAGAACAACCAGAAAAUCACUCUCCUGCUUUCUUAAUAUCAGCAUUUGAAACCGCUCACUUUGUUUUGGAUUCUCCAUACAUGAUUCUACUGAAAAUAACGUUUAGAUGACCAUUCAUUUAAUACAUAUACUUAUAUAAGGAUGAUUCCUCACAAAACUAGACCACUUUUCUUUUCAUGAAAUGCAAUCCGUAGAAUGUUCCUUUGGAGGAAGGAUUGUUGGGAUAUAUUUGACAUUUAACUUAAAGCAUAAUUGACAAGUAUUUCAUUAAAGUUGAUAUAUUUGUUA